AUGAAGAUAUGUCUACGCUAUACCAGUGACCCUGGAUAUCAACAAGGUAUUGGUCAGGAACUUGGUGUUAGUCAAGCAACGGUAUCUCGGACUGAGGAUAGAGUUGUGAACCGCAUAGUUGCACAGUCGAACGAAUGGCUCAAGUUCCCAACUACCAACCAUGAACUGAUGAAGGUCAAGCGGAUAUGGCAAAGCUUGUAUACAUUUCCGACAGCAAUUGGUGUAAUUGAUUGUACACAUAUAGGAAUCGUGAAACCAAAUCGCCUUGGAGAUGAGUUUAUCAACCGAAAACGAAAACCUACUUUAAAUGUGCAAGCUACUUGUGAUGCCAGAGAGAUGUUCACAAGCGUUGAUGUCAGUUGA